AUGCGUCGCCUCCGCCAUGAGAAUGCAGCGCAUGAGGACGAGGCUGUGGAGAGUUCGAGACCCCGCAAGCAGCGGAAACAACGGCCAUGUUACAGCUGCAAAGAAUGCCGCAGGCUGAAGAUGAAGUGCGACCGGCAAGUGCCGUGCUCGAACUGUGUCCGGCGAAACCGCGUUGGGUUUUGUGUUGCGGCCGCCACAACUAGCACAGCCCUCUCUCGCCCGAAUGAGAACUCUAGACAUCAGGAUGAUGCUGCAGGAGCGUCACCCGAACACGAUCACAACCCUUCUCCUCAGCCUGUCAUGCACCAUGGAUCCACGCACCAGAGACAUCAUGAGCUCCAUGAAGACCAUCAGGGACAUCAAGAGGGGCAGCCAUCACACCUAGAAGGUACCCAGGCAAGCAACUUUAGGCAACAAUCUACGGAACGCACGCAACAUAUCCCUGUGCAAGCCAAUCCAGCCAACCAUAACGAGCUCAACACUCUUGCUCUUCUCGCCAAUGCGCUCGAACCAUACGCAGUCCAGGGCCCUUCCCCACGCACUCCUGCUUCAGUUCCUCCGGGCAGGGUGGCUGAAGCUCUGUUUAACAUUCCUACUGGAGCCAGUGGAUCCAGCAAUCUCGCCCGGCAGGCCGUCGACGACGGUCAGCAGAGCGGCUCCCAUGGCACCUUGAUGCUAGGUAAAAGAGGCAGGUCCAAGUACCUGGGCCCGACGGCGGGAAGUGAAUGGUUGAAAGAGGCAAGUCGACUCUUUGACCUUAAAGAUGCGCAUCGAACUGACCCAAUCCAGUCCGAGACGCAAGAUGUACAGGACACUCCAUUGAUGACUCGUGCCCCUUCUCCAGAACAUGGCCAAGACUCGGCGCCCUCUCAACAUUUUCUUUCAAUUCCCCGCUCCGAUUGGGUUUCCUUUGACCGCCUCACCAGCUCACAUAACCACGACGUUGCUCCCAAGGGUCCAUUUGAAAGGACAUUUGAUCGAGUAUAUAAGCGUGCGGAGGGCUCGUCAUCUACUCCCAUAAACCCUCAGGAGAUUGCUCUCGUUUUUAUAAUCAUGGCCCAAGGAACCAUGUUUAAUAUUGAGAUGCCCGAUUGUGAUUCAUCUGCCGAAGAUUGGCUGCAUCUCUCAGAGCGGGCUUUAGUCAAGGGGAACUUCCUGUCCAACAAUAUGGUCGCUGGACUGCAAACUCUGCAUCUGAUGGCGCAUCUGCAACUACAGCUCGACAAAGAUCGGCGUGGUGAUACCGCCUGGCCUUUAUGGGGUCUUGUCAUGCGUUUGAUCCAAGCUAUGGGUAUGCACCGAGACGGUGACUGCUGGAAUCUGCCGCAAGAUGUUGUCGAGGAACGACGCAAGGUAUUCUGGGAAUGCAAUUCUGCCGAUAUUUUCCAGGCUCAUUGCUUCUCAAGGCCAUCCGCCAUUAAUCCGGACCAUUGCGAUACUGCAUUUCCCUCCGAGCCGCUCAAGCCUAAUGGCGAAAAGAGCUACUCCAUUGUCCGGUUUGAGUUAUCUCUCAUUUCUUCCGACAUUCUCAACAUGGCAAUGAAGGUACGGAAACCAGCAUAUUCCGAUAUUACCGACCUAGACCUCAAGCUCGCUCUUAGCCACGCCGUCUCGGUACCCUCAACUCGAAGCGGCCAUCGCAGCAUCUCCAGAGCCAUCCCGGAGGUCACUGGCCAUUUCUUUUCAAGAGCCAACUUUUCGUUCUUCUCAGCCUCGGUGGCUUCGAAGCUGACUAGCAACAACCAGCAAACAAAUCUAGCGCUGAAUAUUUCCGAGACGGUCAUCAACUUGCACCGACCUUACUACGCGAAAGCGCUCUACGACGUCGACCACAUUAUCAUAGCCAUUGUCACCGACAUUCACAAUCGCUUUCCCGCUGUCAGCACCAGACAGUGGAACUUUUGGAUCGAUGCCGCCAUCAGCUUGUUCACCUCGUUGCUUCAACAUGGUGCUCGAACCCCCCGUUACAAGCGCAAUUUGCAGUGGCUUCUGAAUUUACGUACUCGAGCGCUAUCCAAGACCUCAAAGGUGUCUGCCACCCAAGAGGGCGCCCCGCAGAGGGACGCCGAGUCGGACCGACAAAGCAACAGCGGAGAAGGCGAAGGACAUAGAGAACAAGAUGAAGACGUGGAGCUGCUCGGUUGGCGGACCAGGCUGAUUGAGCGGGCGGACCAGGGCCGCAAGAAAACGAUCAGGACUAUUCCCCUUGCCGAGACCCCGACCGGCUCUCAAAUUACGGACAUGGCGAUGCCCAGCGCCUCCCUGCCGGCGGUUACCCUCGAUUCCACAAACGACAUUCUACGCGACUUUUGGGAUCCAAUGCUACUACAAGAUGUGUUCGGACCUCCCCACGACCAUCCAAAUCCCUUUAUGGUCAACGGAGCUACGUGGUGGGAUCAUACGCGGAAUAACAAAGUGUCUGUAGAUGACCCAUCCUGA